UUUAUUCACUAAAAGUACUAGUAAGCGCGCGUCUCCUAGAUUGUCUUAGUCGUGGUGUUAGCUGUGCGUGCCCCACAAGUAGUAUGUCUAUAGUAGAUGAUGAGGAAUUUGCAACUGGAGAUUCUGGGGCUUCAAAAACUUUACCGAAACAGUGUAGUUCUUUGAGGAAAGGCGGAUAUGUCGUAAUGAAAGAUCGUCCUUGCAAAAUCGUGGACAUGUCUACGUCGAAGACCGGGAAACAUGGCUCUGCAAAAGUGCACAUAGUCGGGAUCGAUAUAUUCACUGGUAAGAAAUAUGAAGAGAAUCGCACAUCAUCACACACUAUGGAUGUACCUGUGAUAAAAAGUGAGGAUUAUCAACUGGUGGAUAUCAAAGACGGGUUCUUGUCACUAAUGGGCGACGAUUUAUGCGUCAUCGAAGAUAUUCCCGUUCCUGACAAUGAAGUCGGAAAGGAAUUAAAGGAAAAAUGGAAUUCAAGAGGGGAGACAGAGAAUAUGAUUGUCACUAUAUUAUCUGCUAUGGACGAGAGGCAAGCACUAAAAGUUCGUACUACUUCAGACAAGUAAACAGAAUCCCAUUUGAAUAAAAUUUCACACGACACUAAGUAAAAAUUUUUUUAUUAUGUUUGAGAAAAAAAUAUAUUUCUAGUGUUAUUUGAAUCAGACCUUAGUAUCUCGUAGUCAAUAAGGCUUCACUCCCCGCUUAAUAGUUUCAGAGUCAUACGUGGCACCGACAUGUUCAUCCCAUGCUUUCCUACAUUUGGCGACAAUCCAUGUAUGCUCCUCAUGGUCUAGUACAUCAAUAGUAUAUCACCAAACCUACCUGCAUUGCGAAGAAAACAUCCGUUAUAAUCUGUCACUACUCUCGUCAAUGGAUUGUAGAAACCAUCACCAGUAUCGUAGCAUCCGUCUGGUAUUUGUGUCCUUGGUUCUUUGUCUACUAUUUGUGACCUUCCUGCAAGAUAGAGAAAUGUGUUGCUUGAAAUAUGAAUAAUUGCAAAACACUAUCGUGGCUCUUUUACCUAAAUCUGGUUUCUGAGAUGUUGCCAACUACGACUAAGUAUCCUCACUCACCCAGUUCGUUGGUGACCUGAAUAAUAUAUAAACUUGGUAGGUUGAGACACCUGCGACUAUAUCUGCAAAUUCGAUAUCUACUUAGUGCAACAACACAUUUGAUAGAUAGGUGAUGCCUGUGGAUGGCGUCAAUCUCGGCUGGAUGCAAGGUCACUAGUUAUCCUCGUUAUUAGUCUGUCCAAAGUGUUGUAGUGGUAACAUCUUUCAAACUAAGUAAUUUCGCGA